CUCUGCUGAGAGACUUUGAAGCACAGCCUUGCUUGCGGGAUGGCGUGCUGUAUGUAGCACAGACCGGCAGACAGAGGAGUCCUGGUUCAGAGUUAAGGCCAGUGAAACAGGCCAUCCGUGGCCCGUGGCCCACUUCAACAGUCCGUCCCAUUUGUAAUUUCCUUCCCUGGUGCCUACUCAGCAGGGAUCCCUUAGGUUGCUCAAAGGGUAGGCUCAGUAUAUAAACCCCUAGUGGGGGAAACUGAGUCCCGACGGAAAAGUCCUAAAACCUUGAACUUGAUGAAAAGGGUUUUGGUUGCUUUGGCCGAGGUUUGUCCACCUUCUCUUCUGGGCCCUGGUAGUGGUGGUAAAUAAGGGCCCUUUCUCCCGUGCUAGCAGUUGGGUUUGGGCCUAAUGAGGUGGGAAGAGGGGGCCCGUGACGCCUGCGUUCACGUAGCCGGUGCUGACCGGGCACGUGCUGAGCGUCCCGACGGGGCGCUGGGCACUCCACUUCGUGAGUUCAUUUGAUCCUCCGGGCAGCCUGCGGCCGAGGUGCUUGCUCUGUCCCUUGGUGGAGACACUAUCCCCCCCGGAGCCAGAGGGGCAGUGGGAUCUCAGCUCAUCCUGGCUGGCUCCAGUCCCGCAUUCUCGCCACCAUGCCGCGUUCGCUCUUCGUCCAGCGCCUGCCUCGGUGGAAAGGCGGUGCGGUCCCUGCCGUAAGCCGGGUGUGUCGUCCUGGGGGCUGUUCCCGGGCCGUUACUGCCUGGGCACUGUGCUGCUACUUCCAGGAGGGGCUCGGGUGGCCCAGGGCCUCCUUUCUGGACAGCAGGGCCCGGCCGGGGCCUCUCUGCGUCCCGGUGGUUCCGGCAGUGCCCUGGAUAGAGGAGGUGGCUUCGUGUGGGUCCAGUGCUCCUGCUUGGGGAGGCCACCCUCCUCCCAGCGGCCCUCUGGCUGAAGUGCCCUGACGGACAAGGCCCAGCUGGGAGAGGCCUCGGCCGCGCCUGGAAUUCCCCUCGCUCUGGCAUUCACGUUGGCCGGGGGCCUGGGAGCGGAGGGAGGUGCCAUCUGCCGGCUGGGAGCAGCCUGUCUGCAUGCUUGGAGGUGGAAGGACCGAGUCCUCCAUAGCCGGCCACCUCCACGCUCUGGGGAGUUGACUGCACUUGGCCAUUUCCUGGAAGAGCCCCAGCCUGAGGGCAAGCGGCUGAUGGGGAGCUGUUACUGCUGAUGCCAGUCACCUGGGAGGUGCCCAGGAGGUCACCCUCUGCCCAAGUCUGCCCAACCGAAGAUGGCUCGUGCCCACCCUGGGAUGGAGCCCAGUGCCUGAGGUCCUUACCAUGGUGAUGAUCCUGAGUAAAAGCCUCGACAACCAGGGAGCUGACUCCAUAGCAUGCAGGACCUUCAACCCUGAGCUGCACACGCCAAAGAAGAUGAGUCAAGGACCGACACUUUUCUCUUGUGGAAUUAUGGAAAAUGACAGAUGGCGAGACCUGGACAGGAAAUGCCCUCUUCAGAUCGAGCAGCCGAGCGCCAGCAUCUGGGAGUGCCUGCCCGAGAAGUGUCAGGACGGCGCUCUGUGGCACCGGGAGGCAGCGACCGCCUGCGCGGUGACCAACCUGAUCAAAGACCUCAGCCUCAGCGACCACAACGGGAACCCGUCAGCGCCCCCCAGCAAACGCCAGUGCCGGUCACUGUCCUUCUCCGAUGAAAUGUCCAGCUGCCGGACAUCGUGGAGGCCCUUGGGCUCCAAAGUCUGGACUCCGGUGGAGAAGAGACGUUGUUACAGCGGGGGCAGCGUCCAGCGCUAUUCCAACGGCUUCAGCACCAUGCAGAGAAGCUCCAGUUUCAGCCUCCCCUCCCGGGCCAACGCGCUGUCCUCGCCCUAUGACCAGGCAGGGUUCCACCACCGCUUUGGAGGUCAGCGCUGCCAAGGGGCGCCGGGCUCGGCCACCUGUGGACAGGCGGGCGACAUCUGGAGCCCUGGCCCGGCCCCCGUGGGAGGCGGCCGGCUUGACAUGCAGCGGUCCUUCUCCUGCUCGCACGAGCAGUUUUCCUUCGCGGAGUACCGUCCACCCUCAGCCAACAGCACACCCGCCUCAACCCCAGAGCUGGCCAGGCGCUCCAGCGGGCUGUCCCGAAGCCGCUCCCAGCCGUGUGUCCUUAACGACAAGAAGGUCGGCAUUAAGCGGCGGCGCCCAGAAGAGGUGCAGGAGCAGCGGCCUUCCCUGGACCUUGCUAAGAUGGCACAGAACUGUCAGACCUUCAGCAGCCUCAGCUGCCUGAGUGCGGGGAUGGACGACUGCGGCCCGCACAGCCCCUUCGCCCUCCACGUCAGCAGCACCAGGUCCUGGACCGCCUUGCUCUCGGCCUCGGCCUCCAGCCUGGGGGGCAGGACCCCUGCCGGGACCCCGGUCCCUGAGCCUCUGCCCCCGGCCUUGGACGACCAGCUCGCCUGCAAGGAGGAGCAGUGCUGCGAGGAGUCAGGUGGCUGUGCCCCGGGUGAGGGCUGUGGCAGGGGCUGGGGGCCGGCCACGGCCUGGCGGGACCACGGGGUGGCCGGGAACAGCCCCUGCUCCCUGGACGGCGAGUUGGACAUCGAACAGAUAGAGAACAACUGAGGGGCAGCGGGCACCGGGCGGGCACUUGAAGCGGGGAGCCCCACCCGGGGAGCUCCUCAGGGGCGUCGGGUCCCGGGGAGCGUGCGCUCUGGCUCCGGAGAGGCUGUCCCGCCCGUGGGCCUGGCCCCGCCGCGUGACCGACCGCCCCGGCUCCUCCCAGCACGGUGGCCGCGUCCACCAGGCCACCGGAGCCCGAGAGCAGCUUCUUGGUCUGGGCCCCUUCCCUCCCCACCCCCGUUCCUCGCCGGCCACCCCACCGGGCACCUCGCGCAUCUCCCGCAGGGCUGGACGCUCUGCACGUGCGACUCCCAGGGGAGCUGGUUGCGGGGCUUGUGCUCAGGGCCAUACGGUGGCGUCAGGCCCUUCCCGGCCUCCUGCUCAGGUUCAUUUUGGGGGGGUCGGCCCCACAGCUUCUUUUCACUCCGUUUUAUUCCGUGCCUUCUCCCCCAGGUAUCCCUGCUCCCGACUUGGGAAGGUUCGGGAGAUGCUUCCCUCUGUAGUAACACCGGAACCGUUUGGCCUUAAUUCCAAGGGUGGGAGACGGAGGCCCCUGGGGUGCCGGGAGGGGGCUCUCCACGCCGGAACCCUGGGGGCCUGGGGGACGGCUCGGGCUGCUCGUCCGAGGCGUCUGCGUCGGGUGGACAUGGGUGGCUAUGUUGGCCGAGAAGAUAGACCUCCUUGCCUCUCCCGUGGCGCGGAGAGCCUGACCCCGUGGCUCUGUGCCACUCCGGGGGCCGCUUGGGCAGGCUGGCACGCGGCAGCCAUUCUCUGUGGUGAAAUGGCCACUGCGUGAUUAGCUUAGCUGAUUCAGGUGAGUGCAGAGAGGUCACCAGUAACGGGAAACCUCUCGAAAAUGUCCUCAGGAGGCAGGAGCCGGGAGCAGGUGCACACACCAGGCCCUGUGCACGUUUUGGGGGUGGAGGAUGCCUGUUGGCUGCUCGGGGGGGGGGGGGGGGGGGCGGGCCUGGGCUGGGGGCCUGCAAGGCCCUCUGCAGAAUUCUAAGCACACUGUCGCUGUCUGGUGGGGACUGCUGCCGGCUUCGGUCAGGCACACCAGCCACCUCCGGGGCGAGCACCCCUGCUGGCCAGCGGGGGGAGCAGUGCGCGGAGCGU